GUGGCCGCCGUGGCAGGAGCCAGCCAGCGGCUUCCCUCCACUGCAGCCUGAGGUGGGAGCAUCGCUGGGCCACCGCGGCCGCGUGCGGGUCAGGAGCGCAGCCUGGGCACUGCGCACGCGCCAGAAGCAGAGCAGAGGUUGCGGCAGGUGUGCCGGGCAUCCUCAUGUGAUCCAGGGGGCUGGGGCGGGGCCUUAGAGGCCACACCUCCUUCAGGCCCCCUUCAGUGGAGGGUCCCUCAGGUUGCCCCAGGUUUCUGGUUCCUCCGGAAAGCCGGCUGUCACCUGCUGCCAGCUACGAGGUGCGAGGUACCCCCUCUGCUGUGCUGCAGGAUGGGUCCCUUGGGGCUGCUGCUGGCCCUGGCCCUGCACCUGGUGGUGUGCACCCAUCCGCACCGGGACUACUGCGUGCUGGGCGCGGGUCCCGCCGGCCUGCAGAUGGCCGCCCUCCUUCAGCAGGCCGGCAGGGACUACGAGGUGUUCGAACGCGAGUCAGCGCCUGGCAGCUUUUUCACACGAUACCCGCGCCACCGCAAGCUCAUCAGCAUCAACAAGCGGCACACAGGCAAGGCCAACGCCGAGUUCAACCUCCGCCACGACUGGAACUCUCUGCUCAGCGACGACCCACACCUGCUCUUCAAACACUACUCGAAGUCUUACUUCCCAGAUGCCAGCGACAUGGUGCACUACCUGGGUGACUUCGCGAAGUGCCUGGGGCUCCGCGUGCUAUAUAAUACAAACAUCACCCACGUGGCUCUGAACAAAGAUCCACAUGCCUGGAAUGGCCAUUACUUCAUCCUGACCGACCAGAAUAGCCAGGCUUACCAGUGCAGUGUCCUGCUUGUAGCCACUGGUUUGUCAGUUCCCAAACUGGUUGACUUCCCUGGCUCUGAACAUGUAGAGGGUUAUGAGUCUGUAUCUGUGGACCCUGAAGACUUUGUGGGUCAGAAUGUGCUGAUCCUGGGCCGUGGGAACUCAGCCUUCGAGACAGCAGAAAACAUCCUGGGGGUCACAAACUUUGUCCACAUGCUGAGCCGCUCCCGGGUUCGGCUCUCCUGGGCCACCCACUAUGUUGGAGAUGUCAGAGCCAUCAACAAUGGCCUGCUGGACACCUACCAGCUGAAGUCACUAGAUGGACUCCUGGAGUCAGACCUGGAAUAUCUGGCCCUCGUGAAGGACAGCAAGGGCAAGUUCCACAUCACCCUCAAAUUCUUCCUGGAGGAGAACAACAGCAGCCAGAGUGCAGACUCCAUUCCCCUCCCCCAGGAUGACAAUGACAACUUUGCCAUGCGGGUGGCCUAUGACCGUGUCAUCCGCUGCCUGGGCUGGAAGUUCGACUUCUCCAUUUUCAACCAGUCUCUCAGACUCUCCUCAGGGACUGAGUUCAGCAAGAAGUACCCACUGAUCAGAGCUAGCUAUGAGUCCAAAGGAAGCCGGGGUCUCUUUAUCCUUGGGACUGCUAGCCACUCAGUGGAUUACCGGAAAUCUGCUGGCGGCUUCAUCCAUGGAUUCCGAUACACAGUGCGUGCUGUCCACCGGCUUCUGGAGCAUCGGCACCAUGGCAUCUCUUGGCCAUCCACAGAGCACCCCAUCACACAGCUGACCAGCUCCAUCAUUCGGCGUGUGAACGAGGCUUCUGGGCUGUACCAAAUGUUCAGUGUGCUGGCUGACAUCAUCCUGUUGAAGGAGGAUGCUACAGCAUUUGAGUACUUGGAGGAGUUCCCCAUGCAGAUGCUGGCCCAGCUAGAGACACUCACAGGGAGGACAGCACGCCAUGGGCUCUUUGUCAUCAACAUGGAAUAUGGCAAAAAUUUCUCUGGACCUGAGAAGGACGUCUUCUAUUACGACCGGUCUGUGGCACACAUAGAAGAUGCCUGGCGUUCUAACUUCCUUCACCCUGUCAUCUACUACUACAGACACCUCCCCACUGAACAAGAUAUGCGGUUCAGGCCUGCACAGUGGCCCCUGCCUCGGCCCAUAGCCAUCCAUCACAUAGUGGAGGACUUCCUGACUGACUGGACAGCUCCAGUGGGGCACAUCCUCCCCCUGAGGCGCUUCCUGGAAAACUGUCUGGACACGGAUUUGCGAAGCUUCUAUGCAGAGUCCUGUUUCCUGUUCACCCUCACACGCCAGAGGCUGCCCCCCUUUUGUCAGCAGGGGUACCUGAAGAUGCAGGGACUUUCAAGUACCAAGAGCCUUCAGCAACAUGGUGUGGAAAGCAGGCUCCUGCAGGACUACACAUCCAUGAAUGACAGCAGCAGGUGGCUUGGUAACCACCCCUCAGCCGGUCAGUCCCUUGACAGCAACAAGGAGGAACUCUGAGCAUCCUCUCCUGGACUAUGGAGGCUGGUGCCCCCCCAGGGCCCUUUUCCCAGGCUCUCUCCCACCUUUCAAGCUUCUCAGGACCAUCAUAGAGAUAACAGACAAUGUGACAGCACUCUAUAGAGUGCUGAAGGCACAAUCACGUGGUGGCGUCCCUUGUGCUGGCCCCCCUGAGUGUUAGAUGCAAGGUUAAGUGGAGGGUAUCUUCUGCCAGGUAUGAGAUGCCUUCCACAGCCAGCUUGUAUCCAACUUGGAGAAUCACUAAGCACCAUUCUGGCCUGGUGUGUCUGCUGCUAGGACCACUCUCCUUUCCCUUCUGGUUCACUCUGAAGAUAAGCUUGGGUCUACCUGGGGACAGCUGGCAGCUGAAACCCCUCAAUUCCAUAUCAAGCAUGUUAGAAUGAAAGCUUGAGGUCUUCACCUGUGGGGUAGACAGUUGGGAUCUCUGCUCCCCAACUCAGAAGCAUCAACCAUAUCUUAGGGUCCUCAUCCAGGAGGGCCUGCUCCAUGCUGCCCUCUCUUUCCACACUGCCCUCCCCUCCCUGGCACUGGCUCUCAGAAGAACCCCAGUCACAGGCCAAGAGCACUGGUAUAGGACAGGGACAGCAAACUCCUGCAAGGCUGUCUGCCCAGCUGGCUUCUCAGGAGCAGGGUACCUCAGAGCUACCCUGUCCCCAGGAUCACACUCCCAGGGAUCAGCAACCUCUGUGUCCCUUUUCCACAUUGCUGUCUAACACCCUGAGCCUCAUCUUCUUUGAGACCUGCCUGGGCAGGUUUAAGGUGUUGCUACACAUGCUGCCUUGGGCAUGGAAAUGUUGAUGGCUCCUGGCUGCCUUGAUGUUACUCUCCUCUUCCUUGCCUAUCCUCACCAGAGUCCACAUUCAGCCAAUAGAUUUGUCUCACUGAGGAAUAAGCCAUGAGGAAAGCAUGGCCCACAAAGGCAGCAGGGUGAUCAUGUGAUUUCCCAUAACUCCAGAGCACAGGUACUGUUUCUCACCAUCCCUCUGUCAUUCUUCAUGGGGGCCACUCAGAUGUCCAGGGACAUGUCAGCCCAAAGCCCCUCCUGAGAGUGUUCUCUUCCCCACAGAAGAAUCUUGCCUGGGUGCAAGCCCUCUUAACCACCUGACCUGCCUGCAGCCACCUUCCUCUCCAGUGCUUACCAGGCUCUAACAGGGCAAUCCAACAACCUCAUGUCACCAGGAGGAGCUGUAUGCCCCUGUACCUACUUAGGGAAGUUUACACAGGGCCAAACCCAACUGAAUCAUCUCCCUAAGCCAGGAUGUCGGAGUUACCAUAUUUCACCCAGGUUGAUCGGCAAGCCAAACUGGGACCCUGCCAUCUCACCCUUUUCCAAUGCAUUUUUAAAUGAGUCUUUGAUUUAUUGCCACCCCAUGAAAUCAAAUCCUGUUCCUCACAUCUCGCUCUCCACUCACUAAGGCUGGCUGAGCCAAUUUUUCAAUGCCUUAACAAGUAGCUGGCUGACACCCUUGUGUAUGACAUCUGCUGCUUCCUCUCAUCUGCCAGAUGGUUGAUUCCAUCAAAUAUCAGGCAGCCUUAUUUGUUUUCAACACGGAGGAUUCUGUUCUUGCUCAGUUGACUAGGGAUGGCUUCUACUUUUUUCACUGAUAGGAUUUAACCAUGUCCUGACCUAGUACACAUUGCAAAGCCCAGCCUGCUCUUGGACUCCUGGUCAUUAUCCUGCCUCAGCCUUCCAAGUGUUGGGAUUACAAGCUUGAGCCACAUAAACUUUUUUUAAGAUUUAGUCUUAAUUAUGUGUACUUGUUUGUGUCUGUGUGUGGUAUGUACAUAAGUGCAAAAGCUCAGAGGCAGAAGAGGGUGUGAGUUACAGGAGGUUGUCGGCCAGCAUAUGUGGAGACUGAGAACUGAGCUCAAGUCCUGUGGAAGAACAGAAGUGCUGAGCCAAUCCCUCUGGGACCACUCCUCCAUAACUAUUUAAAGAAAAGAUUGAAAACAAGGCAAGCUGGAUGUGGUAUACACCAAUAUCCCAGCACUAGCAUGGUCAAGGCAGUUCAAACCCAGUCUGGGCUACAUGGAGAAUUCCAGAACAGUAUAGGCAACUUAACAAGAUCCCUGUCUCAAAAGAGAAAUUUUAAAAAAGAAAAUCUAGGCUGGGUGUGGUGGUACAUGCCUUUAAUCUCAGCACUCCCAAGGCAUAGGCUGGAAUAUCGCCUGUGAGUGAGUUCAAGGUUGACCUGGCAAGUUCUAGGCCAGCUAGAGCUGCAUAAUGAGACCCUGUCCCAAAAUAAAUAAAAAUUUUUGAGAGGCAUGAACAAAACUAAUUAUGGUGAAGGGACUGAUUGAAAUAGGUGAGGAAUACUAAGUAACUUUUCAUGAUCUUCUCUUACAUGGUGUAGGGAAGGGCUGAUGUGCGUGCCUACACAGGUGGCAACCAGGUGAGAUGGAGCAGCCACUGCAGCUGUGAAAAUAGGAAACCACAGGUCGUCAGCAGUGGCCCUGCUGGGGCCGUGGGACAAGGGUCUCUUUCCCUCUUGUGAUCAAAUUUGUGAUUAUUUUUCAAAUAUGAUUAUAUGCUACUGAAAUAAAAAUCAUUUAUUUUUAAACCA